AUGGCUUCUCUUCUCAACGGCAGGCUAUCUUUCUUACACCCCCAACACAGCCGCGAACCCCCCUUCUCCAAAUUCCCCCACCACCCCAACCACUUCCCAAUCCCCAAAACCCCCAAAUCCAAACCCCUCAAGAUCCGCGCCGAUGUCAGCUACGAACCCCGCAACACCUCCUCCGAUGACAAAAUCUGCGAAAUCCUCCGCAACCGCGACUACGACGCAAAAUUCGGCUUCAACAUCGACAUCGAUUCCUUCACCAUCCUAAAAGGACUUUCCCACGAAACAAUUAGGUCAAUCUCAACCCUUAAAUCAGAACCAGAUUGGAUGCUCAAUUUCCGUCUCAACGCCUUCGAGAAAUUCUCUAAAAUGAAAGAACCCAAUUGGUCAGACAACACUUAUCCAUCCAUCAAUUUCCAAGAUAUUUGUUAUUAUUCCGCUCCGAAGAAGAAACCCUCUUUUAACAGCUUAGAAGAAGCCGAUCCCGAGCUUCUCAGGUACUUCGAUAAACUUGGUUUUCCGUUAAACGAACAAAAUCGCUUAGCGAAUGUCGUCGUGGAUGCGGUUCUUGAUAGUGUUUCGAUUGCAACUACUCAUAGGAAGACACUUGAGAAAGCUGGGGUUAUUUUUUGUCUGAUUUCCGAGGCCAUUCGAGAGUAUCCUGAUUUGCUUAAGAAGUAUUUAGGUAGAGUUGUUCCUAGUGAGGAUAACUAUUACUCCGCGUUGAAUGCCGUUGUUUUUAGCGAUGGAUCCUUUUGUUAUAUUCCUAAGGAUACUAAGUGUCCCAUGCAGAUUUCGACUUAUUUUAGGAUUAACGCAUUGGAGACGGGGCAAUUUGAGAGGACGUUGAUUGUUGCGGAGGAUAGAAGCUCCGUUGGAAGGAUGUACUGCGCCUUCGUAUGA